AUGCUGAACUGGGAGGACACAAGUGACAUUCCAAAGCAAGACUACAUCCCACAACAGUCGGCGCGCGAGGUCGCGAUAACUACAUAUGUGAUGGGACCUAUGCGGACAGUCUCAAAAGGAGGCACACGGUACGUCCUUACGCUGGUGCAAUACCACUCAAGAUACGUGGUAGUGCACUUCCUGAAGAAGAACAGCGACGUGAUCACAAUAUUGAUCAAGUUUAAAACCCUUUUCGAGAACCGGUGA